AUGAUUUGGGGCUUCUUGCUAUUCAUUCCAAUAGCUCUCACAUUGGAUUUUCGAUCACAGGCCUACAAAAAUACUGACAUAUACUCCCAGCAACCUAUAAUUCUUCAACAAACUUUACAGCAAGUCAGCAAUCCUUAUAAGCAAUUUGCACCAAAUGCUGGUCAACCUGUUGUCUCUCAACCCUUACCGACAGCUCCACAAACCUAUAGUAAUUCUAAUCAGUAUUUUGGAUCUACAGAAGCUCAAAAAUCAUCAGAAUCUGUUGAUUAUGCUAAUCUAUACAAUAAACUAACCUCAGCAGCUCUUUCUGUAGCAGCUAAUCAACCAUCAUUCCCCCUUUCUGGUAUUCUUCCAGCAUCUUCAGAAUCAAACCAACAACCAGGUGCUAUACCAUCAUCUCCAUCACAGCGAACAUCAGCUCCUUAUGAAACAACUACAGCAACUGAAGCUACACCUCCUCCUGUUAUUUGGACAACCAAAAAACCAACAACGAAACUUGUUGCGAAAAUGAGUAAACUAUCCAGACCUUUGAAAAAAGAAGACAAGAACUCAACAACUGCAGCUCAAGUUCUUGUACCCAGUCAUCGCCUGUUAAACGACAUUCUUGUUUUACCAUCUACACGACGGUUAUAUGUUUUGGCUUUAUUGCCCAUUCAUGAGUCUCAUGACAACAAGGGUUUCGAAUGUGGCAAAGUUGAUGUCAAUGGUUUCAUUCGUUUGGCGGCAUUCAUGGAUGCCCUUGAACAGGUUAAUUCUCAACCAAUACUACGAGAUGCAGGACUUGGUCUAGGAGCUGUCAUCGUUGAUUCUUGUUCAUCUGAUUUACGAACUGUUGCAGAUUUGUAUGAACUAUUAUCAGGGACAAACAUUCAAAAAUCUGAUUUGAUUGCAAUGAUCAGAGACGAUGGCUCAUAUUUGCCGAAUGUGGAUGAUUUUGCAAGACAUUUGAAAAUUCCUGUCAUCAACACAUUUUUCUCUACCCGAGAACAGUUCAUGGCAACUGGAACAUUGCCGUCUAUAGUAAGUCCAUUGGAAACAAUGAUCAGUCUGCUGACUCAUACACAAAGUGACUGUGUGAGUUUGAUCUAUGAUGACUUAUAUGAGGAAUCUGCCAAACUGAUGGGUGAUAUGGCUUUUGCACGAGGGGUUUGCAUCGAACAGAAGCUGAGUCUAAAAGGAGAUUCAUUGACAAUGGCUGAAAGCGCUGUUAGAAGAUUAUUAUUAACUGAAGCUCGUGUCGUUGUUGUACUACUGGGAGAAGGAUCAUGGGUUCAGCUCAUGAAAGCUCUGCGUACAGAAAUGGUGAUUGCCGGCAGGUUUAUCAUGAUUACCGUACAACAUCCUCGUUGGUUUACAUCUCAAAACUUUCUGGAAAUGUGGCCACAUUUUGAUCAGCUUCUGCUUACUGUUUCCAAUAAAAAGCCAAAGCAAACAUUGGAACUCCAACAUCUCAAUUCUCGUUUCCCAUCUUUUGCGUUCCCUCAGCAUUGGAUGAGACAGUUUUGGUCUACAGCUUUCCACUGUCAUAUUGAAGGAGAGAAUGAGUCCGGUCAACAAUUUUCCAAAGAAUGCUCUGAUAAACAACUUUUGAACUUGACGUCUGUAGCUCCAGAUAUCGACAUAGCUCCAAUAACAUUGGCUGUCCAUAGCAUUGCUCACGCUACACGGAAACUUGUAGAUAAUGUUUGCCCUGGAGCUUUGGUUCAAAGUCUACAUGAUUGUCUUAAUGAUCCUCAAGAAUCGUUAUUCAGUUCUAUCAUGGCUUUGAGAUUCCCGAAUCCAAUGGUGAAUGGAGACGUUACUUUCAAUGAAACAUCUGGAUAUCGUGAUUCUCCAAUUGUUGUUAACCGAGUGGUCUAUGAUUCUCAGAUAGAAGUUGAGGAAUUAGCCCGUUGGGAUACGGUUAGCGGAUUUACUUAUACAUCUCCUUUGGAUCUCGUCAUGGAAGAGAGAGAUGGUACAAGAGUUCCCUUAAGAAGUUCUUGUCCAAAAUCUAGUUGUGCUUCUGAGUUAGCUAAACGUAGUCAAUCAGGUUUCAAACCAUCAUUCAAUGACUCAUUAAGUAAUACGUAUCUACUCAUUUAUACAAUUGGAGCAGUAUUGGCAUUCUUCAUUUGUAUGUUAUGUAUGUAUCAUCAAAUAGUUUGUUCACGUGAUGAUAAUUAUAGUAUUUGUACAGUACUUCUAUUUGCUGGAUUAUCAUUAUUAUGCUUAGUAUCAGUAUUCUUUGUAAUGAAGCCAAACGCUAUUAGUUGCAUUUGUAGAAGAAUAGCUUUUUCCAUUUCAAUGGCCUGCGUUUUCGCUCCAGUGUUAGUGAAAACAUUGGCUGUAUGGAAAUUAGAAUUAAGCUUUGAGCAAAGUCAAAAUCCAAUUCAAACCCAAAGACCGAAUCAACACACUCUUUUCUGGAUCGUAAUCGCUAUUGUCACAAUCCAAGCCGUUAUAUCAUCUGAAUGGUCAUUGUUUGAAUCUCCAACGGAAGUGACGUUUACUUCUUCCGUACAACACGGACAUCAAUGGCGAUGUGCCCCAGGCGAUCAAUUCGAACAACGUUUGUUACACUCAUGCUCUUUAAGUGGACUGAUGAUAAUUAUAACUUUGGUCUGCUCCAUUCUUUCUGUUCGGCACAUUGAAAGUCGUCAGAACAUUCUGAUCGCUAUAAUUGGUGGAAUAUUCGGUUUAGGUUUGUAUCUAGGAUUACCAUUGUUACCAUAUACUCUACGAGACCAAGUAAUAGCUGGAGCAUCACUUGUGUAUUCUUUAAUCAUUAUCAUGAUAACAUAUUGUCGUGGGGCAUUUAGCAAAGAUGACGAUGACAACAAAUCUCUUGUUGGAAAGAGUACUUUAGAUCGAUCCGAAAAGAAUCCUUAUUGGCUCGAUAAUCUUGUUUUAUCACCGCGAAGUCAACAGGCUAUGUCUUUACAAAGGAACUACCAUCAUGUGCAUACAUUACCAGCCAACAUUCAUCCCGUCGAGAAAUUUGCUCAUGAAACGUAUACCACACCACGCAUCGUUCAUUCUACCAAUACCCAUCCACCACGAUUAGAUAAUAAAGUGAUCCCUCGUCUUGUUCCUUCAACUCUUCAACGACCUCAACGUAAUUCCGCUCCCUAUGGAAUAGAUAGUUAUGAAUUACCUCCAUUAUCACCUAAUCAUCAGGUUCAAUAUCAAUCACAAUCAACUCUGCCUUAUGGUGCCAAAUAUGGUAAACAAGAAUAUGUCAUGGAAAACGAUGAAGAAGAAAAUUGUCGAUUAUAA